GCGGCCGCGGGAGGAGGGAGCUCAAGUAUUAUGGGCUGUGGGCGCUGCUGAACAAGAUGGAGCUGUCUGCAGUGGGAGAGCGGGUGUUUGCGGCCGAAUCCAUCAUCAAGCGGCGGAUCCGAAAGGGACGCAUCGAGUACCUGGUGAAAUGGAAAGGUUGGGCGAUCAAGUACAGCACUUGGGAACCCGAGGAAAACAUCCUGGACUCCAGGCUCAUUGCGGCUUUCGAGCAGAAGGAGAGGGAGCGGGAGCUCUAUGGGCCGAAGAAGAGGGGACCCAAGCCGAAAACUUUCCUGCUGAAGGCCCGCGCCCAGGCUGAGGCCCUGCGCAUCGCCGAUGUCCACUUCUCGGUCAAGCCCGGCUCCAGCUCGACCUCCCCCAAGCUGCACUCCAGCGCCGCCGUGCAUCGUCUCAAGAAGGACAUCCGGCGCUGCCACCGCAUGUCGCGGCGCCCUCUGCCCCGGCCGGACCCGCAGAGCAGCGGAGGGCCGGGCGCCGGCCCGGGCAUGAGGCCGCCCAUCUCGCCCUUCUCCGAGACCGUGAGGAUUAUCAACCGCAAGGUGAAGCCCAGGGAGCCCAAGAGAAGCCGCAUCAUCCUCAACCUGAAGGUCAUCGACAAGGGUGCCAAGGGCGCUGCGGGCGGCGCGGGAAGCGGGGCCCUGGCUCGCCCCAAGAUCCCCUCCCGCAACCGGGUCAUUGGCAAGAGCAAGAAGUUUAGCGAGAGCAUCCUGCGCACGCAGAUCCGCCACGUGAAGUUCGGGGCCUUCUCCAUCUACAACAAGCCCUCGCCUAGCCCGACGCCACCCCCUGCGCAGGCCGGCAAGGCCGAGGCUGGGGCCUCCCAGGGCCCCGCCCCGCCGCCCAGGGGGCUCGUCCUGGCCACGGCCCCCUACGACAUCCGCAGCUCCGGCUCCUCAGGGUGCACCUCCCCGACCCCGCACUCGUCCUCCGACCCCGACGACUCGCCCCCCAAGCUUCUCCCGGAGACCCUCAGCCCAGCGGUCCCUGACUGGCGCGAGGCCGAGGUCCUUGACCUGUCCAUCCCGCCUGAGUCUGCGGCUACCAGCAAGCGGUCACCCCCGGGAGGGGGCGAUGGGGGCCACACGCCCCCUUCGUCCUCGCCCCCACGAUCCUCUUCCGACCCCGAGCAGGAGGCUGGGGACUGGCGUCCAGAGAUGUCUCCCUGCUCCAACGUGGUGGUCACAGAUGUCACCAGCAACCUCCUGACCGUCACCAUCAAGGAAUUCUGCAACCCUGAGGAUUUUGAGAAGGUGGCGCAGGGGGCUGUGGGUGGGGGUGGGGGAAACAGCGGGGGGAGCAAAUGA